AUGCCAUAUACAGUUUCAGUUGAUGCUAAAACGGCGCAGACGCGGACACAGGUAGACGAGUCGGUGUGUCUAAUCGAGGAUCUUAAAUUUUUCCUCGCUACAGCGCCGGCAAAUUGGCAGGAAAAUCAAGUUAUUCGGCGGUACUACCUCAACCACGACGAAGGGUUUGUCAGUUGUGUAUUUUGGAAUAACCUAUACUUCAUCACCGGCACGGAUAUCGUAAGAUGCAUCGUGUAUAAAUUUGAGCAUUUCGGCAGGAAAAUCGUUGAUCGAAAGAAGUUUGAAGAAGGGAUCUUUUCAGAUUUGAGAAACUUGAAAUGCAAUGUUGAUGCCAUCUUGGAGCCACCAAGGUCCGAGUUUCUUGAGUUUUUAUUUAAAAACUCGUGUCUUCGCACCCAGAAGAAACAAAAGGUGUUUUUUUGGUUCAAUGUGCCUCACGAUAAGCUAAUGGCAGAUGCCUUGGAGAGAGAUCUAAAGAAGGAAAAAAUGGGUCAGAACCCAACAACCACCGCGUAUAGGGAACCGGCCACCAAUUUCCAAUACGACGAAAGUACGAGUCUACAUACCCAACUCGCUAAACUUAUGGAAAGCCAUUCUGCUAAUCUAAAUAACGAAAGCCCCCUCGACUGGAAACCAGUGCCAUCAGAUAGCCCCACGGAAACCACCAAGCAAAGCAUAACCACAGCCACAAACACAAACACAAGCACUAGCGCAACCACAAGUACCGAGAGUGACCAUGUCAAGGGUUCACCUGAAAAUCAAGAAGAAGAAGAAGAAGAAGAAGAAGAAGAAGACCACAGUUUCCUCAACCAGCCUACUCCUCAACAAUAUAAACCCAAUUCCGAUUAUGAGGACGAUUUCCCUCUCGAUUACUUUGAAGCAGCUGCUGCAGGCCAAGCUUCCGACGGCGGAUACAUCACGUUGGACCCCAAUUUCCAAAAUGGAUAUUUCCCAAGUGUCGUUGAAGACAACUAUAUAAACUUUAUCGAUCCCACGAUAUUUAUCCCCAACCCCAACCCAAACUCGGGCUUGCCUCCGCACUCGGCUACUUUCGCGGCAAAUCAAGUUGCAUUCAACGACGAAUACCUCAUCGAACAAGCACAACCCCUAAAAACCCCCUUGGCCCCACCAAUGUCAACGUCAACAUCAACAGCUCUUCAACCUCGAUCAUCAACGGCCAAGAUGUUUGCAUUCCACAACAUCAAUGACGCAGAAGACAAUUUCACAAGUACUUUCCAACCACCGCUUUCGGCUAAAUACCAAACUAGUUUCCUUUCCAAUCGACAGCCGAUGAAAACAGUACAACAAUUCCAACUUGAUUCUCAACAAGUGCCCAAUUACGACAGCAUGCAAAAUUUGGCAGACGGGGCAAAUGGUUACAAUGUGAUCUACCCCGAGACUGAAUUCUGGGCAAACCAUGCUCUUUUAACGAGUCAGCAAGCCAACAGCUAUGAUCCCUUUGCACAGCACAUUUCACAAUUGCAACCGUAUAUAAUGAUGAAUGAUUAUGAUUUUAGCAAUGUCCCCAUUAUGGCUCAGCCUGUGAUGGUGCCUGUACAAGCAGCACCACAACACCAACAUCACCAACAUCACGAACAUCAUCAACAUCACCAACAUCAACAUCACAAUCAUCAACAACACCACAAUCACAAUCACAGUCAACAUCAGGCAUCCUUGGGAUUCCCGUUUCUGGAGAUGACGAGACAGCAGCAAGUUAGCGCGAAGAUGGUCAAGAAAAAACGUCUUUUACAGCAACAACAGCAACUACAACAACAACAGCAGCAACAACAACAACAGUUUGGCAAAAGUGGAGCUGGCGUCACGAAAAAAGCACAUUCUGAAAAAGAUAAGCACCACCACCACCCUUCAUUGAAUGAUGUGGUCAACUCCAAAGCUACCAAAGUUAGAAACCAUGAAGAAAUCGAAACAUGA